AUGAUCCUUUUACGGUCCGCCAUACUAAGGCCGGGGCCGGCUCAAGAGGCGAUCUUAUAUUCACGAUGUCUGGCCCAAUUACGGACCCAAGCCCCCUCGGGAGUCCGGGGCUUCCUAUCGUCCUCGAACCAACGAACCGGCAUUAAAGCAAAUCGAUCCUCCUCACCCCUCCACAAAACCUAUUUCUCACCUAAUCGACUUGCCGACGGCUCCAAAACCACCGGGGCACUCUUGUCGUCAUUAGCAUCGUCAAAUUCCAGCACCCAGUCCAAGUCGAGCAGCUCGGAGCCCUCCAAUCCUUCCGCAGCUCCGAACAGCUCGACAGAGACAGCUUCCGAACCAAUUGCGCCUGAAACUGCCCAGAGUGAACUGCCACAUCGACGGAGGAAACGGUUGAAGGAGGAUGAACUCAACAAUGCUCAAUCGGAGCAGUCAAUUCCCCUUGACGCGUCAGCGCAACUGUCGAACAUCUCUGCCGCUCUCCCCACCACGUCCCUCCGCCGCAAAUUCGCCGCAUAUCUCGCUCUGACGAAGCCUCGUCUUUCCUUCCUGAUCGUUCUCACUACUACCUCUGCAUACGGAAUGUACCCUAUUUCCUCAUUGCUCACCCUCGACCCGGCCAUGACCCCACUCCCAACUCUCUCGACCUCAACCUUGACCUUGAUAUACUUGACCGUGGGCACAUUCCUCUCAUGUUGCAGUGCUAAUACCUUGAACAUGAUGUUUGAGCCAAAGUAUGAUGCAUUGAUGUCUCGGACAAGGAAUCGUCCCCUUGUCCGCGGGCUGGUCUCGCGCCGUGGUGCUCUUCUAUUUGCCGUUGGUACCGCGGUUGUCGGCCUGGGACUUUUGUACAUUGGAACCAACCCAACAACAACCACCCUGUCCGCAACAAAUAUAUUCCUAUACGCCUUUGUGUACACACCAUUGAAGCGUAUCCAUGUUAUCAACACAUGGGUUGGUGCAGUGGUUGGUGGUAUCCCACCGCUGAUGGGCUGGAUUGCGGCGCAAGGUCAAAUCGCUACAACUGGGCAUGACACCUGGCGUGACAUGCUAUUCAGCGAAUCCAGCAUUGGUGGAUGGUUGCUUGGUGGUAUCUUAUUUGCUUGGCAGUUCCCUCACUUCAAUGCUCUCUCACACCUUAUUCGGGACGAGUACAAGGGGGCGGGAUACAGAAUGCUGUGCUGGGUGAACCCGUCCAUGAAUGCUCGUGUUGCACUACGGUAUUCCGUGCUAAUGUUCCCUAUCUCCAUUGGUAUUUGGUGGGUCGGUGUUGUUGGCCAUGGUUUCUUGGUUGGAAGCUCCGUCGCCAAUGGCUGGUUGGUUCUUAAGGCCUACGGCUUUUGGAAACACCAAGGUGCCCAAGGUACCGCCCGGGGCCUCUUCUGGGCUAGUAUCUGGCAACUGCCCAUUCUUCUCGUCGGUGGACUGGUCACAAAGAAGGGCCUCUGGGAUGGUGUAUGGCGGAAAAUCUUUGGACAGCCAGAGGAGGACGAAGAGGACGAAUAUCUGUACUAUGAGGAUGAGGACGAAGCUGUUGGAACUGACGCUCAGUCACAAGCCUCUUCCGUCCCCUCGGUGAGCCGGAAGAGCGCUUUGUCCACUGCAUGA